CAGAGAGUCGUUCCUCGGACGCGGGGAGGGAGGGAGGGGCGGGCGUCGCGCCUCGAGGCCUUCGGCUGCGAACAUCAGAGCCGCCAGAAGCGUACGGCCUCCGCCCGCGUACUGCGGCAGCCAGGCUUCGGAGGGGGGCCCUGCGGGCGAGCUGGCGCGGUCGAUCCUCGCGCGCAGCUUUCUCCAGGCCGACUCCGAGCAGCUGCGGCCCGCACCGCCUGGGCUCGGCCCUAUGGCGCGUGGGAGCCGCUCGCUGUGCUUUUAACGGCGGGGGCUGCGCGGCGGGAUGGGGCGGUGCGGAGCCUCCGCCGCGAGCAGAUGGGGCGGUGGGGCACGGGGUGCCGGCGCACCGGGAGGGCCCCGCGGGCGAGCAACUGACGCGGCCGACCACGGCUUGGCCUGGAGCGGGUAGCCCCGAGAUGGAGAAAGCUCUGCGCCUGGCUGGCCUACGCAGAUUCAUUGGUGAUCAGUGGCACAUGCAGAACAUCCGCAAAGACUCUGUGGAAAGCUCUGAUGAUGAGUUUUUUGAUGCUCGAGAAGAGGUGGUGGAAGGAAAAAGUGCUAUUCUCAUCGGCAUGAGCCAGUGGAACUCAAAUGACCUUGUUGAGCAGAUAGAAACAAUUGGGAAGCUGGAAGAAAAUCAAGGUGAAGAAUCUGUGUUUUGUUCAUCUGGCUUUCUACAGGAAAAGCAACGUGAAUUAUAUCAUGCCUCAUUAAGAAAACAAAGGUUACCUGCACAAGGCAGUAUUGAAAUACAUGAGGACAGUGAGGAAGUAGUUCAACACCAGAAAUGCAAAACUCGUGUGCUAAUUCUGAUCCUACAUGGAGGGAAUAUCUUAGACAAUGGGGGAGAGGAUCAAAGCAGCAAGCUGGCAGACAUCAACACCUUCUGUUCUGUCUUUGAGAAGGUGACACAAGACCAUUUCCCUGCUGCUUUGGGCCACAUCUUAAUCAGACUUGUUCCCUGCCCGGCAAUCUGUUCAGCAGCCUUCUCUCUUGUUUCCAACCUAAAUCCUUACAGCUAUGAUGAAAGCUGUCUCAGCAGCAGUGAAGACCACAUCCCGCUGGCUGCUUUGCCCUUGCUGGCUGUUUCAUCCCCUCAGUACCAGGACGCAGUUGCCAUGGUGAUCAGUAGAGCAAACCAAGUUUACAAUGACUUUCUCAAAUCUACAGAUGGAGUUGGGUUUAACGGGCAGGUGUGUCUCAUUGGUGACUGCAUUGGAGGCAUUUUGGGGUUUGAUGCCAUUUGCUAUAAUACUAACAGAACUGAUGAGAGUCAGAACAGUAGCAGGAGAGGAAGCAUCAGCAGCAUCCAGGAUAAUCCCCUUUUAACAGAGGACUCCAGUCUGGGUGGCAGAAAACACCUGAGCAAAAGCAACAUUGACAUCUCAGAAAUUAUGGAGGAUGAAGAGCCAAGACAGCUGUUGCCUAGGAAACAGAGUGACUCAUCCACCUACAACUGUGAUACUAUAACAAAUCAUCAUGCUUUCCUGUCUAGCAUCCGCUCAAGUGUGUGGAAAGAUGGCGCAGACUUUCUUCCUGCAAAUUCCAGUCUCUCAGAUGUAAACCUGGGCCGGUUUGAUUUUGAGGUGUCUGAUUUCUUCCUCUUUGGAUCACCGCUUGGUUUGGUGCUGGCCAUGAGGAGUACUGUUCUGCCAGGUCUGAAUGUUUGUCAGGUUCGCCCAGCCUGCAGCCAGGUGUACAGUUUCUUUCACUCCGCUGAUCCAUCUGCCUGCAGACUUGAACCAUUGCUGGAGAAAAGAUUUCAUCUCCUGCCUCCAUUCAGUGUUCCACGAUACCAGAGAUACCCACUGGGGGAUGGAAGAUCUCAUCAGUUAGGUGAUGCUAUCCAGAACUACAGUGCUCUGUUCCUUGAGAGCAGCUCUUUGAACAUAACUCACUCUCAGGAGAGUUCUGAAUCUAUGAACACAUCUCAGAAACAAGAGAGAAGGUUGAGCUUGGCCAGCACAAACAGUGAAAACUCAGGAUCAGCAGAGAGCUUGUCAUCAGCAUGCCUCACCAACAUUACUGCUAAGUGGUGGGGAACAAAGCGAAUUGAUUAUGCCUUGUAUUGUCCAGAUGUCCUGACAGCAUUUCCAACUGUGGCCCUGCCACAUCUUUUCCAUGCCAGCUACUGGGAAUCAACAGACGUCGUGGCAUUCAUUUUAAGACAGGUGAUGAGAUAUGAAAAUGUAGAUUUCAAAGAAAAUGAUAGCCUGGAUCCCGCAACGCUAAGCCUGUCCAAUCCACGAGAAAAAUGGCUACGCAAAAGGACACAUGUCAAAUUGAGAAAUGUGACUGCUAAUCAUCGGGCAAAUGAUGUAAUUGCUGCAGAAGAUGGUCCUCAGGUACUUGUUGGGCGCUUUAUGUAUGGACCUCUGGACAUGGUAGCUUUAACAGGUGAAAAGGUUGAUAUCUUCAUAAUGACUGAACCAUCUUCUGGUAGGUGGGUCUAUUUUGACACAGAGAUAUCCAACAGCAGUGGCCGGAUAUCCUACAGCAUACCCAAACAGAAGAGACUGAGAGUUGGUGUGUAUCCCAUCAGAAUGAUUGUCAGAGGGGACCAGAGCAGCGCCACAAGCUACCUGACUGUGCUUCCCCGAGGAAUGGAAUGUGUUGUGUUCAGCAUUGAUGGUUCAUUUGCAGCAAGUGUUUCAAUAAUGGGAAGUGACCCCAAAGUCCGAGCUGGGGCUGUCGAUGUUGUAAGACAUUGGCAGGACCUAGGAUAUCUGAUUAUCUAUAUUACUGGCCGUCCAGAUAUGCAAAAGCAGCGUGUGGUUUCAUGGUUAUCUCAACACAACUUCCCUCAAGGAAUGAUCUUCUUCUCUGAUGGACUUGUUCAUGACCCACUGCGACAAAAGACUAUUUUUCUAAGGAAUCUCAUGCAAGAGUGCCACAUCAAAAUCUGUGCUGCAUAUGGUUCGACAAAGGAUAUUUCCGUUUACAAUGUCUUAGCUCUGUCGCCAUCCCAGAUCUACAUAGUUGGACGAUCGACAAAGAAAUACCAGGCACAGUGUCAAUUCCUCAGUGAGGGUUAUGCAGCCCACUUGGCCUCACUGGAGUUCAGUCUUCAUUCACGACCUAAAAAGAACAACUCUCGGAUGAUCUUGAGAAAAGGCAGCUUUGGCCUCCACUCUCAACCUGAAUUUUUGCGCAAGAGAAACCAUCUCCGCAGGACUAUGUCUGUACAGCAACCUGAUCCACCUUCUUCCAACCCCAAACCAGAGCGUGCCCAGAGCCAGCCCGAGUCAGACAAAGAUCAUGAUAGGCAUUUGCCUUCCAUUGCUUGGGUUAGGGGUGGAGUCCACAAAUUUGAAUCUGUUCCCUAGGAAGCCUGAGGCUGUAGAUUUUGGGUGUCCUUCAUUUAACUUGUAGUCAUGCCUCAGAAGGUAGUAUUUAGGCAGCUUCAAACUAGGAGGUGUAGAGGGGAAACUGUACCUCAGAGUCUUCCCUGCUCUGAAAAAUGCCUUCUUACACCAACCAGAGAACUUCCAGUUUGUUCUCUUGACGUAUUGGGAAAUUUUAAAACAAUCUAAAACUAUCCCAAGUGCUUACGCAUUAAAGCAACAGGAAAAAAAAAGUCUUCAGUUACUUUUUACAACAGAUACAAUGAAAUGUGCAAUAAGAGAAAAAGCUGCUACAGGCUUUUUACGCAAAAGGAUUGUAGUAUUAGCUAACUAGCUGCACCCAAAACAAUAUAAACAGUAGACCCCUUAGGUUACAGAGAAAGUUUACACUUAAAACAUUAAAUAGUUUCAUCUGUUGCCAAUUCACUUUUGAUGAAGCGAUAUAUUUGUAAGGGAAGCAGAGGUGAGGGUACAAAAAUGGGUCAUCAGGAUUUGUACAGCAAGAUGAUUUUUGGGUGCCUUGAGUCCAAGAUUUCCUUUCAGCUUAUACUGUUGGUCAACAGAUGCUAAUAUAGACACUCAUCCUGUAUAAGGUGCUGGACAUCAAAUAAAUAGGACUCUGCCUGUGAACCAAAUCGUAAAUGCUUAAUGUUAGAAAUAAACAUCUCUGCCACAGUUGGAAGUAGUUAGUGUUGCUGUAUGCAAAGUGAUGUGCAAGUGUACCAAACUGUGACUUUUGUGAAACUUGAUGACUGUGUAAAAUGUGUGAACUGUGUGUAAGGAGGUGUCUUUGACCAUUUCAGACUGAGAUAGAUUCUAAGACAGACGCCUUAAGGGAGCCUUUUCACUAAGGGGUCUGCAAUCUGCAGAGUAGUCACUUUUUUCAUUAUUCUAACUAAAAUCUUUAAUCUGCAGGAUGAAAGAGUAAUAAAUGCUAAUGGAGUAAAUUAUUUACCUUCUCAUGCUUGACAGCGAGUGCUCUGCUAAGACAAUCUAUAGCAAUCAAACUUGCAACAGUUGAGCUUCAAAGAAUGGAGGUGCCAAAUGUGUGUUCUCCUGGUUUCUCUUAGGUCUUUUACUUAUUAGAAGUAAAAUGUGUGAAAUUUUCCCUAAGUGAUAAUAUUUCUAAACUAAAUGUUGUAGUUAGUUUAAUACAGUUGCAGUUUUCUAGUUCAUUAUGCAUCUAUUUCCACUAUGCCAAAUUCACCAAUAUAACUUUUGUGAUAGAACUAAUGUAUGUUUCAAAACCUGUAGUGAAAUUGCUAGAGCAAAAAAACAGUUUUCUUUUAAAGUUAAGAUCAGACUGUUGACCCUGAGAAAGCUUGAAGUCAACAGGUGAUUUCUUGAGCUGUUUCUAGAUUUGGUUUCUUUGACUUCCCUCCCUCAGUUUUUUGGCACCAGGGGGAGGAUGUCAUCAUCCCCACCCUCCCUUUUAGGUUUUCCUAAUAUAUAGCCGGAACAGAAACAAGCCUGUUGGUUAAUGAGUUCAAAAUUGGUAUGUAAAACAAAGAAGGAAUGCAGUGGAAAGCUAUGAUGACAAUGCAGAAGUAAGUCCGAUAACUCCUUGUUCACACAAAAGUUUCAGUGUGCUUUUUGAAGGACAGCUUUGUGGCUUUUGUCUUAAAAGGCGACCAGCAAACUAGUGUAUAAAUGGUGGUGAUUGCUGUUGUUGUUUUUUUUUCAGCUUGUCACUUAGCAAAUUUUCUGAGUUACCUAUUUCAAACAUCCUGAAAGAUGUUUUUUUUUGCUGAAAAUUUAGGAAGGAUGUUAAGAUUUUAGUAGCUCACGGUUAACUUAUGUUACUGGAGCCUGGGGUUUUUAAUCUCUGCUGACAAGGUAGCCAGCUGCAAAAGCUAAAUGAACUACACUGAAGCAGUCUUCAGGCUUACAGUUUUCCCACUAGUUUCAUAGUUGUUUAAGACGUAAAUUUAAAGUAGUUUUCAAUGGUUUAUCGUGGUCCACUUUGUGUUUUUAUUCUGAUUGUGUCCAUUUCUUUUCUUAGCCUCUGCAGCUAGGAAGAGAUUGCACAAGGUAUACCAGAGAGCAUACUCCAUCUUCCUCCAGUCAGUUCACUGCUUGCACAGGUACCAGAGAUGAUGUUAGAGCAGGGAAGGCUUCUUUAUCAUACUGAUGAGGUUUUCUUUCCUGCUGCUAAUCUAGGAAAGAAAAAAAGCUGGUAGCAAAAAUGCACAUCUGAUGUUUAUAUCUGUGCUCCUUUUCUGUUAAAUAUAUCUUGCUUUAACAGGUAGCAAAAAAAAAAAAAAAAAAAAAAAAAAAAAAAGAUGCCCAGAGUACAUCCUCUGAAAAGACUAGCCACAGUAGCCCGGUGUCUGACCAAUACGUAACUGAUAUUACAGAGCAGUUUUGGCAGCCUCCUAGGAAAACAAACAUUCUAUUUUCUCGUGUUUUAAUGACUGGCAGUUUUGACUCUUGCCAGAGCAAGCCCAAUGGAACAUAAGUAUUUCGAGCAUGCUCUUGGUUGUUGGUUUUAAAUAGGUGAAUGAAUUGAAGAGUGGAGGAAUGCAAAGAGCAGACUUGACAUUUGCUUAGAGGACAUAAAGUCAACACUGACUGCAGAAUUUGAACUUACUUUCUUAAGCACUGACUGCUGGGUAGCAUGUCUCCUCAUAGUAAUCACUAUACCUACUAGUAUUAGCAAAAUUAAUUCUGCUUUAGCUGUCUACCUCUACAAGCCAGGAGAUGCCAAAAUCCAUUUUCUGAUUUAAGUUGCUAACAUAAAAAGACCUAUUUCUUUUCAAAAGAGAGAUCUGUAUGUGAUUCUGUGACUGUUGUUAAAAGACUUCAUAUGAACACAAGGUCAGAUGACUCUCACAGGUUUUGGGUUUUUUUUUUAGCCACUGUGUUGGUUCUAUAUAUGUAUAUACAGUAUAUUAUGAGCUAAAAGUAGUAAAAGAAGUGCUACUCUUCAUGCUUGAUUUAGAGUGGUAACAAUUCAGUCUCUAAACAUAGUACUGGAAUUCAGCUGGAAAUAUUUUCCCUAACUUUGUUUCCUAUGAGAACUCACAUGGUCAUUUCAUCAUGCCAGCACUACUAAUGCUCAGGGAUAGAAUGGUUCAUCGCCUGGUAGCAUGCCUCCAUCUGAGCAUUUUGACAAACAGUGAUGCAGACAUCAGUUUGUAGGUUAAGGCUUCAUGCUUAUUUGGAGCUUAUCUUCACAAACAUGAGAUGCAUUUCUUUUGAAAGCUCUAGCCAGCUGACACUAAAAUGACACAGAUUUUAUGUUGGAGAUAAGAGUAUGAAAGAGGUGGUAGUGAUUUAGGCAUCUCACAGCUAAGUUGGCAGUUCAGUACUCUGUGGACAUGAUUAAGGACUUCAAUUACUUGGGAUUUUUUUGGCCUUUUUUUCCCCAGUUAUGUUUGGGACAAUCCCUGAUGAAUUGCUAGUUUUUUACAGCAUGUUUUCUUCAAUCCCAUUUUCUCCUGGAACAUUUGUUUCUAGUCAGUGCUUUAGUUUUAUACUUUGUCUACAUAAAACCACGUGGCUGUUCACAGGCAUUCAUUUUCUAUUGAGAUUACAGUUUCACUUCUGUUAUCAUGGAGGCAUAAUCAGGCCUCCUGAGCAGGCCAUUCACUGAGAUCGAGCAUGAUCUUAUAGUCUUUCAGUUUUCUACUGUUCCUCACUGCUGCAUUCUCUGUACAGUCAGCACUUUCUUUAACCUUACAGUCUGUGGAAGUUUUGAAGCCUCUCCACAGAAUAGAAACAGACAGAGAAGCUGUAUAUUACAGAGAAGCACUUACACUUGAUCUGCCAAACAGAAGAGGCAGAAGUGAAAGUGUGAAACACAAAGCUGUUAUUUCAGUGAAUGCUGAAGUGGUAGUACAAGUCAGUACAAAGUGGGCCACACCUGAAAGCGCGCACUUCUUUGAAUUGUUGAUGUAUAUCCAGUUUUAAAUUACUGUAUUAAACAAAAACUAAAAACAACUGUAAUCAGUGGCCAUUUUAGACUUAUCAAGAUUUGAGAUAUUGUGAAAACACACAGUGACACUGUGGCAUCUUUGUGUAACUACUGAAAGCAACCUUAAGUGAUGUUUUGUUUCUGCUUUCACAGCACAAUUGUAAUUUUUUUUUAAACAAUGGCUGUGUUUAUUCAAUUAAAAAAAUACUUGUAUUCGCUAGUGCACUUGGAACAGGUUCUUGUUUGACAAAUUACACCUAUUUAGUUUUGUGGCAUGAUUUAUAUCCUGCAUAAAAAUUUUGUCAAGUGUAAAAUUGACAUGGUAUUGAUCAUUCCUCUCAUUCCUUAGGGAUUCGUGAGAAUUGCUGUUUUGAUUUGUUUGGAUGAAAAUAGCCUUUCAUUCUUACAUAUCACUUCUCUACUACGUAGGGAAAUAAUUUCUUAACAAAAUUAAAACUUUUUACUCGUUAUGUAGAAGUGCAGCUAUCAGGAAACCACAGAGAAAUAAACUUGAUACUUUCAUCUACAAUUAAAAUAAAAACAGUGACAUUUAUCUUGAAGCUCCACCAUUUUGCAAAAUAGCCUCUGUUUGCUUUUGUUAGUGAACACGUUGUGUAUUUUACACAUUGCAAUAUCAUGGCACUGUUAAUAUGUGUAUUUAAGUUAAUCCCCAAUAGUUAAGGCUGUAGAAUUAUCAUGGAUUUUCAACAGUAUAAAUUCAGAAGGGAAAAAUGAAAUUCAUCCUCCUUUUAUAUUGCUUCCUGUCCUAAAUGUGUUAAAAACUUCAUUUGAAAGCAUUCUUAAUUAUACCAGAAAACCAAAGGUAUUUUCAGCUUUUAUAAUUUGUAACUGCUGCAGUAACUGUUACUAAACAGAUAGGAUUUCCCACAUUUUUCCUCCUUUUGCCUGUAAACUACAGAUAGUGAGUAUGUUAUAAAAGUACUAGACAAUUCCAAUGUGGACCCUUUCUUAAUAAGCUUGUUGGCUUAAUAGCGGAAAGAGGAAGAGAUUAUAUGGUGUGGUUUCAUAAUUUGUUCUGGUUUCAGCUUGAAAUACAAAAACUUAAGUCAAGAAUUCUGCAUUGAACUGUUCAUUUCCAUCAUGCAAGGGAGAAAGUGGCACUUCUUAUUUACAUCUGGAGUUGGGUACAAGAUAGAAUUCCCUGAUCGCAAACAUUUCCAGCUUUCUUCCUCAGCUUCUGUGAGAGCAGUGAUUCUUUAUGAUCUAUGUUCAUAGCUUCAGUAGAAAUUGUGAUUUUAACAAGGUAAUUUGACUUCAAUACUAUUUAAUCAUUCAGCUGUAACUUUAAGUUUCUAUUUAUGAUCCUAAAUUCCUUUUUUUAAAAAGAAAAAAGAAAAAAAGGUAAUCACACACCUUUCUGGAUGAAGAGAGCCCUUUUUCUUCAAAAAUAGGAAAUGUCCUGGAGCAGAUAGAAUCCUGUGCCGUGGACUCUGGAAUCAAAGUAAGGUGUUGUAUUCCCUCUCUCCCUCCUUUCAGAUUAAGCCCAAGGUAAGGGGAUAAAAAUUUUUCUAUUUUUAUUUAACCCAAUAAGCUACCUUUAAAAUUGGAUAGCAUUGUUCAGAGGAUAGAGGAGCAUGAGAAAAAUUUUGGCAGAUCAUUAAUUGAUAAGGUUGUAUAGAACUCAAGUGGAGGAAGAGAGGGGGAAAGAGAAAAAGAAACAGGUUUACUGCUGAGAUAUGAGUUAAUAGAGAUUACUAUGUAACUUAAAAAUUGGAGCCUCUAAGGGUUAGCAAUUCUGGGACCUCUGGGGUAGAGGCCAAAAUGGCAGUUCUCUCACAGAACCCCAAGCUGUCUCCCUAAUAUAUUUUUCUAUUUGCUGGGGAGGGGAAAGGGCAGUCCACUUAGAACUUAAUUCCUAUAAGUAAACUUGAAAUUGUACAUGUUCUUUCAGUCUGUAGUUUUAUUGAGUGUAAAUUUUAAAUGUUGUUGGUCAGUGAGAAGGUUCUAUCUGGUAACAAAUGUUUAUAUUUCUUAUGGCUGCCUUGUAAAGAUUCAAAAAUGUACAAUAAUGCAUUUCUUAAUAUGAAAUAAGGAGUAAGAUUUCUACAACUCGUAUAGAUUUUGAUGUGAGCUGGUUUUUAAAAUCUUAUAUUAAUCACUUAAAUAAAACCUUCCUUGCCUUUAAGCAA